AUGGCAGGAAUGGAUGUUGAUGUAGAUGAGUCCAUCUCUCCGCCCGCGGACGAGUCCAUCGACCAGAAGGCAGCAAUCCAGUACUGGUCGUCUGUCAGUGCCGACAACGCCGGUGUUCUGGGAGGCUACCCGCAAGUAUCCCGUGUCGAUCUCCAGGGAAAUGCGACUUUUUUGGCCAAGCUGCGGCGAAAGAGCUCAAAAUAUAAGCCUGGCACGCGGAUCUCUCGUGUGGUUGAUUGCGGUGCUGGCAUCGGCCGUGUCACUGCGGGUUUCCUGUCCAAGGUCGCAGACGUGGUGGACAUUGUCGAACCCGUAAAGCAACUGACAGAUGUGAUUACGGAGGGCGAGAGCUUCAAGGAGAUUCGAGACAGAGGUGGGAUUGGCAAGGUGUACAACGUUGGCUUGGAAGAGUGGACGCCAGAAGUCACGUACGACAUCAUUUGGACACAGUGGUGUUUGGGCCAGCUUACAGACGCCCAACUCAUCGAUUUCUUCUCACGAGCAAAGUGUCAUGUCCACGAAGGCGGCUGGAUUGUGGUCAAGGAGAACAUGAGCACCGACGCGAAGGGCAACGACAUCUUUGAUGCGACCGACAGCUCGAUCACGCGGACGGACGCAAAGUUCAGGCAGAUCUUCGAGAAGGCCGGGCUGAAGAUUGUGGCCACGGAAAUCCAAAGGGGAAUGCCAAAGGAGUUGUUCCCGGUGCGAAGUUAUGCACUGCAACCCAGAGCCGGAUGA